AUGCUGGACAAGCUGAGCUCAGAGCUGCUGGCGCGCGUGCUGCGCCACCUGCUGCCGCAGCCGCACGACGCGGCUGCGUUCCGGCGGUGCUACGUUCGCUGCGGGGCCGAGAUGGGCCCUCUCCACGCCGCGCGGCUUGUGUGCCGCGCGUCCGCGGCGGCCGCGCGCGAGCAUCUGGCGGCAGCAGUCACUCUGACGCCGCGCAACACCAGGCGCAGCCGGGCAACGCCUGACUGGCCGCGCUUCCCCGGGCUGCGCGUCGUGAGGGUCGAGGGCUGGAAUCCCAAGACUGCCCCUGUCGUGCUGCCGCGAGACGCCGAGCAGCUGCUUGGCGCAUGCUUCGGCUACGCGCCCGCGGACGCCGGCGCGCCGCUCAAGGGCUUCGACCCAGGCCACCUGUCCCGCGUGACGGUGCUCAAGGUCGUGCGAAGCGACAUCUUCGUGGACCACCUCGCUUCGGCGCUCGCGCGGCUGCCAGCGCUGAAGGCCGUGACCAUCAUCGGCGGCGUGCGCUCCGCCAGCAAGGUCUGCCGCGCCCUUUCGGGCGCCACGGGCCUGGAGCGGCUCGCCCUGCCUGACGUGCCGGCGGACGCUGCCCUCUGCGCCGCGGCCGGCCUUGACGGGCUGUCACGGCUCGAGGCGCUGACUUUGGGCCAGCUGAAUUUGGAAGUCGGGUCCCUGCCAGGCGGUCUCACGGCGGUUGCGUUCCGCAGGCAGUUUGAGAUCGGCUAUCACCAGCCGGUCUGUGCAUGGCCCGCGCUUUUCGACGCCGCCUCUCGCCUGGUCGAGCUGCGCGGUGUGCACCUCGAACUCGACACGGCGGCGGCGCUCGCGCGGUCGGCGCCACGGCUGCGCGUGCUCGUCUGCACGCCAAUGGGGGCCCUGUGGGCGCCGCCGCGCGCUGGCCCUUGGCCGUGCGUGUUCCCGUGCAUCACGCACGCCUGCUUUUUCAGCCGAUACGAGGCGGCGGCGGCCGACAUCCGAGCGGCUCCAUUGCCAGCAAUGCUGCCUGCGCUCGAGCAACUUGCCAGCACCGACGUGCACCCUUACCCGAGCUUUGUCGGGCUGACCGGCCUCCGGGCGCUCUCGCUGAGCGACGUCGAGUUUGACCCGUUUGACGUGGAGGCGGUACAGUGGGAUGCGCUUGGGGCACUGCCGCGGCUGACCGAGAUGGACGUAUACCUCGACCCACGGGACCCCGUGCAGCUGGCAGGGCUGGUGCGGCUGACCAACCUUGAGGUGUUGAAGGUGACCGUCAUGGCGUUUGCCCGGUCUGACGAGGUACACAUUGACAUGGGCGCUGUUAUGGAGGCCGUCGCCUGCCUACCACUGCUGCACACGGUGCAAAUCAAGGUGCAGCAAUUUGAAAACGGCAAUUGCAUGGUGAAAUGGGGCUUGAGUGGCCUCAGGCGGUUCGCGCACGGCGCGCCUGCACUUCACUACUUGUCGAUUCAGGUCAAUGAAUGGGGGGGCGUGCCGGCGCCGGUUGUGGGAGCCCUGGCGAUGCACACGGGGCUGCGGCGCCUGCUGGUUGACUGCUCUCACGAGGAGCCGAGCGCAGUGGAUGCGCUCGCGGCGGAGGUGUCGGCGGAAUGCAAUUCGCUGACCAUUGAACCGUAUAGCUCAUCAUGCCUCGUGCAAGUGUGCGCGUGGCGCGAGGGGGCGUGGGAGGAUUAG